AUGGCACUGGCCACUUUGUUACGCUAGCCUAGGGUGUCUGAGUGGGUGAAUCAGCCGAAAAGCAGUUGCGGUGACUUGCAAUCAACCUCCGCGCUACGAAAUUGAAUUCAGAAAUUCACGCCGUAUGCAUCUCUACCCACGUUCAUGAAUCGAAGGAACAUACCGUCGCGCACUACAUAACCUCCGAAUUUGGGCUCGAUGACCAUCUCGCUCUCGACAUGCACCAAGGUUGACCCGAGGGGGAGCUGGAUGUGAUCUCGGGGCUUGAAACCAAGCUCGAACCUCAGAGAGCGGUGGUACUGCGUUCUCAUGAAUCGAGAUUGAGCAGUGUAAUGUUCACAUUCUGCAAGAAGGUGCAAACACAGGACCAAGGAUUGAGUCGAGGUUCCAAGUGAAGCUCUGCGGGCGUUCACAGGAAGUGCACUGCUUCCAUCGACUUGUUCUCCACACUUCAGGUUCCCAGUGUUGCCAACAGAGGAUCCAAGUCGAGCCUGCCUCAAGAUCGACCUCAAGAAUGGCGAGCGGGCGAAUGGCGCGUUUGUUGACGGUGCUGAUGGUGCUUGCAUUGCAGUGGACGUCUCCCCACGCGAGGUCAAUGCCGGGAGAUUUUGACACUCUGGAGUAUGUUCCCACUGACCAGGAGUACCCGGGAUUCCCCCAAGACACCGGGUCCAGCGCUCAAUUCGACACGCCCGUCUUCACCGCCCAGACAGGCGAUGCGUUUGGUUCCAACCCCGAGAUUGACAAUUCGGAUGCUACCAACUGGGACGCCGAAACCUUCAACAGCCAGGACCCGGUGGCGUCACAUUCAGAAGUGGCACAAUACAACUCUUACGCAGCGACCGAGGGCGAGCUACCAUACGACGUUCUUAUCGAUUCUCCAGAGAGCGUACGAGAACCUCCUUCCACCAGCUUCGCAGGCGAAGUCGUGUACCACUCCAAAGCUGCUUACAUGAACGAUGAGGUCUUCUACGACACGUCUGCUGCGGACAUCAUUUACAAGGCCAACGAUGAUGGAUUGAGCCUUGCUGCUGCUGACCUGAAUGCCACGGACGCGGAUGACAUGCUCUCUUCUUUCGCGAAGGCCAUGGGCGGGUGCGGUACUGGCAACCCGAUCGACGAUUGCUGGCGGUGCGACCCGAACUGGCGCAGCCAUCGUCAGGCGCUGGCCAACUGCGCCACCGGAUUCGGGAGAAAUGCCAUCGGCGGCAAGAAUGGACCCAUCUACACAGUCACCACCAAUGGAGAUGACGCGCAGAACCCUCAGCCGGGAACACUGCGCUACGGAGUGACUCGAAACGGACCGCUUUGGAUUGUUUUCGCGACGAGCAUGACCAUCGAACUGAAGGGAGAGCUCUGGAUCUCCGCGUACAAGACCCUGGACGGUCGUGGCGCCGAAGUUCACAUCGUGGGAGGCUCGCAGAUCAGCAUCCAAACCACCAACAACGUCAUCCUGCACGGGCUGCACAUUCACGACAUUCGACCGUCGGGCCCAACCACCAUACGAGUGUCGCCAUCCAAAGUGGUCCGCCGCCCAAGGUCCGAGGGCGAUGGCCUUCACAUCUGGGGGUCCCGGGAUGUGUGGAUCGACCACUGCUACUUGGCCAGGGCGACCGAUGGGCUCAUUGAUGUCACCCGCGGAUCCACUAUGGUCACAAUUUCCAACUGCUUCCUUGAAAAACACGACAAGACGAUGCUGCUUGGAGCGGACCCCGCCCACACCGAGGACAGGAACAUGCGGGUCACCGUGGCUUUCAACAGAUUCGGACCCGGCCUCGUCCAACGGUUACCGAGGUGCCGGUUUGGCGUGUUUCAUGUUUUGAACAAUGACUACUCGGCCGGAUGGGGGAUAUAUGCGAUUGGGGGCAGCGAAGAUCCCACCAUUCUCAGCCAAGGCAAUCGAUUCAAUCCUGCGGGAACGAAAGAGGUAACCAAACGCAUCAACGACGGCGGCCCCAAUUACGGUGGAUGGCAGAGUUGGAACUGGGCCUCCAGCGGCGACGUUUUCCUGGGAGGGUCGUAUUUCACUGGCUCCGGAGCCAAGGCCACCUCCGCCAGCGUCUACGCCAAGGCUUACAGCACCUCGUCACGCCCCGCUGACAUGGUACCCGCCAUCACCAAAAGCGCGGGUCCCCUCAUGUUGUAGGGGCGAUCGCCGACUUUCUUGUACGAUGAGCACCACGAGGUGUGUGGUGACGCAGAACAUGUACCAAGUGACCCAGUGUGUGUUUUUUUUUCUUCAAACGGACACGCAGAGGCUGCGCCUGUAGUAGCCCGGAGACGUCCAUCUUGUAAGGCAGGAGUAACAAACUGCGGCACGCCAGAAGCACGGUGUUCAGAGUAGACGUGUUUGUGGGUGUGCCGCAGAUUACGAUGACUUAGUAAACGUUUUUUCUUCUAGGUGCCGCUUCAUACAGCACAGAAAUGUGCAACCUCCUCGAACAAGCUUCCACAUCCUUGCCAGCUUGUAACGAGCGAAGCGUUGAUAGGUGUUUUCUUUUUGUAGGCUAUGCUAUGCAACCGCUACCACGAGGCCACUUACCCAAGCUGGCUGUGGUAUGGUACACGAGUUGGAAGUUCACGAUCUCGUGUUUAUCAGCGUAGACGAGAUGCUAGUAGGUACGUAGUUAUGUUGAUCGACCGCUAGACCGGAGGAUGGUGCCCGAGUGUGACGAGUUGGUUUGGCAUGUCCAUCGACCUCACAGACACCCCUUCCUGGCGCCGCAGAGUUGAUUCUAAGUGUAUUGGUAGACAUCGUGAAGCAUUAUCUUGCGUGACAACGUGAGAUGCUGCAUGGCUCAUUUGCGGCACAGCAGCCCUUUGCAACAAUGCCAAGUCCAUACUUGGCAUGGCCAGUGCUCGAACAAGCAUGCAAGAGAUAUUAUGGCUCGCGCUGAAUAAAGUGAAGUAACUUCAGACUUCAACGCC